AUGACCAAGCUGCAGCUGCUGAACGCUUACCUGACGGAGCGGCUGACGGUGGUGGUGAAGGAGAUCCUGGACGUGGUGGAGGACACGGUGGCCGAGUACCGGGAGGAGACUGCCAGAGCCAAGCGGGAGAACGAGAGCCUGCGGAGGCAGCUGCGGGACAUCCUGCUCCUGGAGGCCGGGACCGAGUGGCUGAUUCCUGCAGUGCUCAGGGAGGAGCCCCGGGCUCCGCCCCCCGCACUCAUCAAAGCCGAACCAGAGGAGUACAGCGUGAGCAAGCCCAAAGGUCGCACGGACUCUCUGACCGAGGCCGCAAACGGUGCCGCCGAAGAGUUCUGGAGCAGGGCGGAGGCGGAGAGGACGGUGGUGGUGGUGCGCGCUGAGAGGCAGGAAGCUGAGCGGAGCAGGAAGUCCUCCCAGGAGAAGCCGGCAGCCGGAGACAGCACAGCCUCCGCUUUCAUCCCCGAACUUGUCCAUCGCUGCCCGCGUUGCGGUGAGGCCUUCGGACAGGCCGCCAGCCUCCGCCUCCACCUGGAGCAGAAGAGGAAGACCUACGCCUGCGACUGGUGCUGCAAGUCGUUUGCGCAGUCGGCGGACCUGCGGCGUCACCUGCGCACGCACACAGGGGAGCGGCCGCACCGCUGCACCUUCUGCUCCAAGAGCUUCAGCCAGAGAGGAAACCUGCGGCGUCACCUGCGCAUCCACACGGGCGAGCGGCCGUACAGCUGCCCGUUCUGCUGCCGCACCUUCAGCGACGGCGACACCAUGAAGAAGCACAAGCGCACGCACUCGGGAGAGAAACCAUACCGCUGCGCGCAGUGCGCCAAGACCUUCACCAGCGCCAGCGGCCUGCAGAUUCACAUGAAGAAGGACAUGUGCUUUGUGGCUAACGCCUGA